AUGGUCUACGAGAAGGAACCUCAGACCAUUCGGCAAACUCUUCAAAGGACAUUGCAGUAUUUUGAGCAUCAAGUUAUUGGUUACAGGGAUGCAGAGAAGAACUUUCACAAUAUAUCAAACAGAUGCUCAUAUACAGACUGCUCUGGCAAUGAAGAAACUGAAGAUGUCUCAGGAAUUCUCCAGUGUACGGCUAAUGUACUUGGUUUGAAGUUUGAGGAGAUGCAAGAAAGGUUUGGAGAGGAAUUCUUCAAUAUCUGCUUUGAUGAGAAUGAAAGAGUUCUUCGAGCUGUAGGCGGGACCCUUCAAGACUUCUUCAAUGGCUUUGAUGCUUUGCUGGAGCACAUUAGAACUUCAUUUGGAAGACAGGCCACCCUGGAAUCCCCUUCUUUCCUAUGCAAAGAGCUCCCUGAAGGCAAUCUCAUGCUUCAUUACUUUCACCCACAUCAGAUUGUGGGAUUUGCAAUGACGGGAAUGAUAAAGGCAGCAGCAAAGAAGAUUUACCGCUUGGAAGUGGAAGUAGAACAGGUCACUAAUGAUAAGUUGUGUUCAGAGGGGACAAACCCAGGUAACUGCAGUUGUCUGACCUUCCUUAUCAAAGAACAUGAAAAUGCAAAUAUCACAAAAGCACUUCCACCGGGAACUUCCCAUUCCCCCUUAGACCUGCGGAUUAGCAUCAGCACCUUCUGCAGAGCCUUCCCCUUUCACCUGAUGUUUGAUCCAAACAUGCUGGUUCUCCAGCUUGGAGAAGGUCUUAGGAAGCAGCUCAGAUGUGACACUCAUAAAACUCUGAAAUUCCAAGACUGCUUUGACAUAGUUUCUCCUAAAAUCAGUGCCACAUUUGAACGAGUUCUCCUGAGAUUAUCUACUCCCUUUGUCAUUCGGACCAAACUUGAGGAUUCUGGCUCUGAAAAUAAAGAUAAGGUGAUGGAAAUUAAAGGACAAAUGAUUCAUGUGCCAGAAUCAAACUCAAUUUUGUUUCUGGGCUCCCCCUGUGUGGACAAGCUGGAUGAAUUGAUGGGCCGAGGCCUCCAUCUUUCAGACAUACCUAUCCAUGAUGCUACUCGCGAUGUCAUAUUGGUUGGGGAGCAAGCAAAAGCCCAGGAUGGCUUGAAGAAACGAAUGGAUAAGCUGAAGGCAACGCUAGAAUGUACACACCAAGCCCUAGAAGAGGAGAAAAAGAAAACAGUAGAUCUCCUUAUUUCUAUUUUCCCUGAAGAGGUGGCUCAGCAGUUGUGGCAGGGACAGCAGGUUCAGGCCAGGAAGUUUGAUGAUGUCACCAUGCUCUUCUCGGACAUUGUUGGCUUCACUGCCAUCUGUGCACAGUGCACGCCCAUGCAGGUCAUCAGCAUGCUGAAUGAACUCUACACACGGUUUGACCAUCAGUGUGGAUUCCUGGACAUCUACAAGGUGGAAACAAUAGGCGAUGCGUACUGUGUUGCAGCAGGGCUCCAUAAGAAAAGCCUUAGUCAUGCUAAAGCCAUUGCCUUGAUGGCACUGAAGAUGAUGGAGCUUUCAGAAGAGGUUCUCACUCCAGAUGGGAGCCCUAUUAAGAUGAGGAUAGGCAUUCACUCAGGAUCAGUGCUGGCCGGCGUUGUUGGUGUAAGAAUGCCACGUUACUGUCUCUUUGGGAACAAUGUCACCCUUGCAAGCAAGUUCGAGUCAGGAAGUCACCCACGCCGCAUCAAUGUCAGUCCAACCACGUACCAGCUUUUGAAAAAGGAAGAAAAUUUUAUUUUUAUUCCUCGUUCCCGUGAAGAGCUUCCAGAAAACUUUCCAAAGGAAAUUCCUGGGAUCUGUUACUUCCUCGAGGUCAGAAGUGGUCAGAAGCCGCCAAAAACGUCCAUCACGUCUGCCAGAAUGAGAAAGGUUUCUUACAACAUUGGCACCAUGUUCCUCCGGGAAACUAGCCUAUGAGGCCUGCUGCAGAUCAAAGACUCAUCAAAAAAGCACAAGCCCAGAACUGGGUCAUGACAGGGGAAUUGGAGGUUCUUUCUAUUUCACUGCCUUGUUCUGAACAAGCAGUAAAAGCUCCAUGUAAUGUCAGGCAAUAAUAAUUUUAAAAGGUGGGUGACUGCUGUCAGUAAGCAAAGUGGAGAUAGGGAAAAAAAAUUAAACAACGUACUUCCACUUCCAGAGGAAUUUGUUUCAUAAACUUCAGUCUGGCCCCUCUAUGACAAACAAAACCAAACCAAACAAAAUAAAACCCCAGCUCUCAAAUUAGAGGUUGGUUUUGUUUUGUGCAGAAAGGAUCAUGGUUCUCAGUAGAUUUGCACCAGCUAAGCAGAAUUGAGAGUCAGUUCUGAUUAUGCAUUCCUACAUUUAAUGUGUUCUUCAGUAAGGUAAUGAUGUUUUUUAACUUUAUGAACAAACAUUUCAUACAUAUACUGUACACCCGUUGUAACCUUCCUGGCAGGAGGAAUUAUAACUCAAUACAAAUAUUGUAGGAAUUUUACCUAUUUUUAUACAUAUUUCACUUUCUGGACAGUUACAUUCCACAUACUGUAAGCUGAGUGGGCUUAGAUAGCUUUUCAGAAGAAGCUACUGUAUAUUUCAUACAUUCUACCUGUCAAACCUUAUUGUUAUACAAGUGGGAAGAAAUAAUUUUUUGACCUUUUUUGGCAACAAAAAUACUGAUAUUUUACAGAAAAAAACCUUUGGUAAAUCUCUUUACCUGAUGUUUAUGCUAAAGCUUUAGAUGAGCAUUGUCUUCUUAUAUAAAAUAAUGUUCAGUAUUUGUCCUACAGUGCUAUAUGUCCAGUCCUUCCAGGACAAUGCAAAGUGUAGAAGAUCAAUGUGUUGACAAACAGAAAAGUUCUGUUUAGCGGGGCUUGUUUGCCACUAAAUUGUCGGCCAAACUGAUUUUUGGUAGUACUCCUGGACUUAGAAAAAAACGAUCUUGUGAAAACUUAUUCUGAGGAAUUCCAGCAGAUGCUGGAAGCUCUCUGGAAACUGGUUUUCCACAUUUUUUUAAUAGGACUUGUGCUCCUACUCCAGUUUGAUUAUUGAAAAUCCUGUUAUUAAUGAUGCUCAUCUGGAAAUUUCCUCUGUUGCUGGAUUGGUUCCCUGCUUUAUCUAAUGUAGACCAAAAAAAACACUGAAAAGGGGAGGGCAAUACUUUCCCAGGUUUAAUGCAAAUGGCAGUUAAAGAUUUAGAUGAAUCUAUGUCAAUUGAGAAAAAAAAAAAAAAGCCAAUUCUUUGCUGUUAAAAAUGAAUAUAGCUUUAUUGUCUUCAAUGAAUCCAACUGAAACAAGAUGUGGAUCUGUCCCCACCUAGGAACGUUUUCAGGCAUUGUUUAUUUCUCAGGUUUUCCUUUUCAGUUUUCCUCUGCAGGUGUACUUCCUUUAGGGUCAUACUGAAGUGGGACAAUGUUCUUCUCUUGCAGAUUGUUAGCUAACACUGGUGCAGUGAUUUUGAAGUGGCUUAGCUUUACGUGGUCCUGAUGAAAGAUCACUGAAAUCAAAGAUAAGAAUCUCAGCAGCACUAGGAGGCAUGAGAAGCUCUUUAUUUCUAUAAUCCAGACCAGAAAUUAGAGUUCACUUACAGAUUUAGUAGUAAUAACUUGAGGCACAUUUUGAAAAUAAGUAAAUAACUUUCACCACAUGUCCAGGUUAUCUGGUUAGAUCUUUCUGUGGAGUGAAUGACAGUGCUGCAUUUCUCCCCUUUGACCGGUAGCCCAUAUUAGAGUGCAAACAAGUCUAUGUGGCACCAUUAGCCUGUGAUAAUGUGUUUCAGGCUUCCUUUCCAUGAAGCCUUUCCAGAUGAGAAAGGACUACCUUGAACCUGUACAGACUUCAGCAUGUAGAGAACAUCUGACCUUAUUAUGCAAGGGUGGUUUUUCUGCUUGGAGGGCAGAUGCAUGGGAAUUAGCCCAGAAACUUACUUAAAUGGAAGUUCUCUUGAUUUCUAGAGGAAUACUGAUGUUAAAGAUUUCUUCCAUUGUUUAUUAGAACAUCCUUGGCAUUGGAGGAGUUAAUCUUUUAUCUACCUUGAUAAACAGCAUCUGCAGCUCUACAGACUAUCUGAAAAAAACCCUGUUUGAGCUCAAGGUUGCAGAAUUUCCAUCCAAACUACAGAUCUGAGAAUCUUCUGCAUAGAAUGACAAGUUUUAGCCUGUAGCCAUUAGUUUGCACAUACACAGGAUGUAGCGUGCAUUUUUUCUCCUGAGAACAUCAGUGAGACAUGCAAAAAUUAUAAAUGGAGCAAAGUUCGUGUUUCACCACUGGAAGAGGAACAUCACUUCCUAGCUAAUAAAGCUGUGGUUUUGAUGUCAUUACUUAGUUCCCUAGAGUGAAAAUUUUCCAAAUAGCUAUCGAUAGACUGAUAUUUCAUUCUGACUUCUCUGGCACAUCCUCACUGCUCAGUAGGUUCUGAUGUUAGAGUAUCAAUCUCUCUGGCCAAACUCUUUUUCUUUUCUCACCACCCACAGUCCUGUAUGAAGAGAACAAACAUAGAGGUUCAGACCAAAAGCUUGUGGCUUAAUAACUUGUCUCGCACAGUUGCCAAUAGGAAAUGUUUAGGUUAAUUCUGUGGCUGAUCUUGGUAGAUCUAUGGAAAUGUUUUCAUGAGAAAUGAAAUGCUAUUUCUACUAGCAAAUUGCAGAAGCAAUCUAAAAAAAGUUGAAUCACCAUCCUCAUCCUCUCAGAGACUGUUUAUUCUAUAAGGAAAUUUAUAAUCAGAGAGAUCAGUGCAAAACCUGAAAAUUGGUGUUGGCAUCACCAUGGAGACAAUGACAGUGUUUGCAAAUAAAUCAUCUAGCUCCCCAAAUUAGAGUAGAUUUACUGUAUAAGAAUAUUCAGUCUCUGCUUUUUAUAAGCUUGUGUAAAGGUAACAUGUCCAGAACUUCAGCACUGAUGGUAAGUUUUGUGUUACUUGUUUCUGUGUUAUGACAAGGGAAGUUAAUAAAAAAGUGUGGGUUCACUAGGGACAUUUUUCCAUCACAGUGUGAGAAGAAUGUAAAACAGAUUCUCAGCACUCUUGAACUUAGUAGUUGCAUCUGCUGCCUUUAAUAUUAGGUUGCAAGUUUAUUUUGUUGGACACCUUUAUGAAGUGAAAUGAAAUUUAUUUUCAAGGGUGAUGCUGUGAAGUCAAUUAGAUGGUAGUCAGACUCAACAUUUCUUCAACAACACUUUCCGUGAUAAGGAAAACUUUCUCAUUUGCCUGUCAUUGUCUUAAUAAAUAAAAAGGUUCUCAGAAUUUUUAAACCUUGGGAUGAUGAGGUUAGAGGUGCUGAAAUGGAUGCAGAAAUCACAUACUAUGGUUGGAAUUUUCUUCUAGUAUUUUCCUUUCUAUAAACCAGAUGCUUUUGUUCUUCUGAUUACGAAUUUACAUAUCUGUGUUUCUUCACAUAGCUGCAGGUAGCAACAUCUGCUUUCUUGAGUUUGAAACAAAAGCACCCCCUCUGAAGAUAGAGGAGAUCUACCACAUAUUGCCUAUACAAGGCAAAGAAAGGAUGACGUGAAGACCCUAGCUGGGGUCAUUGGUCUUUUUGCCACAAACUUGAUCUGUGCAGCUUCUCUCUGCUCCAGGCUCAGAGGGACUAGAGACCAUGGACUGACCACAGAGGCAGAUCUAGUGGCCAACUUCUUGUACAAAAGUCAUGUGGCCUAAGUAAACAGAGGCAACAGUCAUUCCCCUAGAGCACUUUUUACAGAUCUUGUGUCAGAUUUUUCCAUCUGCUUGAAGAUCCCCAUCACACAGGCUCUUUUGUGAUUCAUAGAGAUCAGGAACUCAGAGCAAGAAGGAAAUAGUGAUGGAAAUGGUAGAGUGGUGCAUAACUUUUCUUCUACAUCACUGGUAAUAUGUCAUUCAAAGACAAAAGCCUCUGCAUGGGAGAACUGCUGCUAAACCAGGACUCUCAAAGUGUGGUUUUCUUACAGGAUCCCACAGGCUAUUUCUUUUUUAAUUCCAGAGAACCAAUAGUCAUUAACUGUGGUUGUGGUUUUGGCCUCACUGUUCGUUCCCACAUCCAGUUUCAUAUCUGAGUCUGUUUGGAAAAGGCAUUUUGGAGUCUGGAAGCAUGCCUCUGCAAACAGAAAACCAAAGCUUUUAAAACCUUGGAAAUCUUGUAUGGGAAUUGCCUGCUACAAGCUAAAAAAUCCCUGUAGUUGAGUCAUUAGCAGGUCCUGCUGCAGUUCACGUGUGGGCAUAUGCCAUUUCACAGUGCUGUCUCCACGUGUGAUUAUGGUGUUCCCUACCAAGCCAACAGCAGUAUCAGGUGCAUAACUACCUUUUCUAGGUUUUGAUUAACAUCUUUAGUUUUUUUCUGUAUAAAGCAAGCAGUGCAGAACCAUGACAUGCUGCAUGCAUUUAAAAGUAUCAUAGCGCUGCACUGAGGCUUAAACUCUGCUAACCAAUUUCACAUUGUGUAUUUCUUCCUCUGAAUAGAUCCUUCUCCCAGAUGAUUUAAAAAGGAAGGAAAAAAAAAAUACCACCCAAAACUGCAGUGUUGAAUUGCAAAUGAGUAUGAAACCUGCAUCAGUUGGUGGGGCAAGUUUAACUACUGGGCAGCUUUCAGAUUCUUCAGCUGCCACAAGCUGUCACACUUGCAUGCUUCAUGCAAACUGUCCUGGCAGUCUGUAAUCCAACAGCAGCAUCACAAAUUUACAGCAUUUAGUGGGUUUUCCUCUUCCAGUCUCAGGCCACGACAUCACCUCUGCUGAAUACUCUGAGCUCACUGAGGACAGCAUAUUCCAUGUCCUAAUGCAGUCCCAGAGCUUCUGGCUUCAUUUUUGGGUUCCAGUGAUCUUUUUCAAAAUUACACAUGUGUAAUAUUUGAAAUAGCAAUAUGCUUAAAUUAGUAACAAAACAAGAAGCAUAAAAAGCUUGUCAAACUCAGAAACAGUUGGUUCCCUUCCUUCAAGGUAAUACAUUAUUCAUAGCCCUUUACUAGGAUUGAGGGUGCCAGUGACAGUAGAGGCUGUGGAUGAAUUGAAGAUGCUGAGUGUGCAGGAGACUCAACAGGCAGAACUUGAUCGGCUCCUGCUACUGUUCAUCAUUCCAUCACCUUGCACACUAUUUCCUGCUCUUAGUCAGACUUCUGCUCUUCAAAAGACCUCCACUUUCUUUCCUUUAGCGCUCUAUGUGUGACAUAAACAGUGAGUAAUUCUUAUUGUUCCUAUUAAUAUAUGUUGUUGACAUGACUGCUUAUAUCUAAAGAAUAACUGGCAUUAAAGGGCUGAUCUUACUCUGCAGCAAAGACAAAACUGCAACAGUGACAUGGCAGGCACUCACAUCCUUAGAGAGGGAAAAGACCACAGUGCAAGUUGUCACUGGUGGAUUUGUGUGGAAAAGUCAGUACACUAACAGUCCAUGGUAUGUUUUUAACUUUCCCAAGUAUUAAAUUUAUCCAUACAGCUAGGAGUUAGUCCUUAAUAAUGUUAUUAAUUUACAAUGCAUGAGCAGCCUCACAACAAAAAUCUGUAAACUGUUUAACUUCAUCAGCUUGAUCUUUUGUAGCUUGGCUAUUAAUCAUGCAUGAAUGCAAGCAAAACAGUACAACUGGGGAAUUUAACAAUUCAGUCAUAGGUGACAGACAGAUCAUUCACCUCUGCAGAUGCUUACUUGUUCCUGUGGUUUAGAAAGGUUGACCCCCGGUUACCUGUGGUUCAGGUUAGUAACACUGUGUCACUAUAGCAACAAAAUGGUCUCCGAAAAACAGCAUGAGGCAUCUCAGUCUGCUUCCCUGUGGACUGUGGUUCAUGUUGGAGAGGACAAUACAGUAAGUGAUGCAAAGGAGUAACUUUGCUGGCAGGUUUAACAAAAGAAUCAGUGGAGGCAGAUGUUAAACUCGCUGUUUGCUUCUGAGUUUUAGUUUCCAAAGGCAGAGUGAGGCUGAACAUGUUUUAUUUUGGACAAAAAAAGAAGACGCAGGUUUUCAGAGAAACAAGUCUCUUUCCUGCUUUAUGGCUAACAGGGAGGCAGCAGAGUAAAAGUGCUUGCUUCUGCCUUCAGCUUUCUGGCCCGCUUUGGCUUUAGCAUUCCAAGAAUCAUGCUUCUGCUGAAGACUGGGGGACAGGUAAGUGUUUCAGUCACUGCUCUAGACACAGCAUGAGGCUGCCUAAAUCCCUGAGUGUGCUUAACUUUCUCAGUGACCACAGAUGGCAAACUUUGCCUAGACAUCUAUUUUUUAAGAUAGCCAAAAUAAGUGAGAUUGAUCCCACUGAAUUAAGCUUUUUCCAGCCCAAGUGCUGUGUCUCAGAUAUUUUAGUCUUGCUGUUUUUCACAGUUUUGCAUUGGCCAAAAUAAAUUUAAUCAAACUAAAUUGCAGAGGGAUAGAUAAUCAUAAUCUGGUAUAAAUAAAGGUUUGUUACGGUAGCCGUGGUGACUGUCAAGAACAGGGGCUGCUACAGUUUUGGAAAGCUCUUCCUUCUGAUGUCUGAACCCUAAAGUCAGCACUGCCAGUCACAACUCCUCAAUACCAUUAGGACUCUGAUCUAGAAAAGUUUUGAGCUUUGAGCUCCUAGUCCACUUAUUCAAACCCUCUGUGCCACCUUCACCUGAACUCUAUGUCAGAAUGCCUACUUAAACCUUGUUAGUUAUGCUGUAGUAAAAGAUGAUAAUAAAAUAUAUAAAGAGCAGAGAGAUAGUUACUAGGGUAUUAUUAAUAUACAUUUUUUGUUCUUCUGUGAGUUUGUGGGCCUAAAAUUAACUUUCCAUUAGCAGAAGGUCUCACAUUGAGCUACUUGUUAUCUAGAUAAUUAUUCCCUAGCAAUAUUCUCUAAGGACUACUCUUGAAGCAAUAAGUAAAGCCAUGCUAAUCUGUUCUGUGUAGAUUCUUGUACAACACCCAUCACCUUAACAAACCACCUUUUAACAGAACAUUAAAUAGCAGAAUAACACCCUGUAUUGUUUAUUUUUCCAUCAUCUUCCCCUGGGGAGAAGAUUAUGUAGUGGAAUCAUUUGAUUUUGUGAGGUGGUGUCUUUUUGUUAGUUUUCUAAAAAUACAUGUUGCUACUUGCUUAAAUAAGGAAGAGCAAAGUCAGAGCUAUAGACCAGGAUUAGAAAAGAGUUUUAGUUGUAAACAAAGUAUUUUAAAGAAUGCUCACAGAGUAAGACUUGUUUCCCAUCCUAGAAACAACAGAAGGGGUAAUAUGUCUAAGAUAUACCCAGGAAUUAUAAAUAUGAGCAAUAAACCGAGCAGGUAUAUAUAAUGGAUAUCUUCUGCUUUAUACACAACAGUAGAUAGAUGCUAAAGCUGAUUAGUACCCAGAGAGGAGGAAUACUGUUCAAUCUGUUUUGGCAUUUGUUUAUUACCAGUAUACCUCUAAGGUAUUAUUUUUUUCCUUCCCUAAUGAGACUGGAACAUACUGUUAAAUCAUUAUCAGAGUUUCUGAACUUACUGCAGAGGAACAUGGUUAGGAAUGCAUAACUAUCAAGGGGAGUUUUUUAAAAGUGAGCUGUUGCUCAAGAGAACAAAUAACGUGGUAAAGUUAAAAGAGGUAUGGACAGGUGUAUUUAUUUUAAAAGUUCAAAUGGCAUUUCUGGUUGGUUGAAAUCAUUCCAAAACUGUACACUUAAAGCACAGCUGCCUGGUUCAGGGUAUUUGAAUUUGCAAAGAAGGAGGAGGUAAAAUUUUCAAAAUCAUGUAAGGGACAUACUUCUAAAUCCCAUUUUUUCUGCUUAAACACGACUUCUUUCUGAAGAUUGAACCGGACUUUGAGGUUCAAUCCUGAGGUUCUGAAUGACUAAUUAAAUUUUGAAUAUGUGAGCUAUAAAUUCAUAUAACUUAUGUUCCUUUGAAAUGUUGUUCAUAAUGGUAUGUGAAAGGAAAUUCUGAAUGUCCAACCAGCAGCAAAGGUGCAUUUUUCUCAUGAUAACUUGUACUGGAUGAUGAAAUGUGGCAUUGUUUCUAAUCUAUGCAGGUUUUUACACCAUUUUUCAAGGUGAUGCUCCCAGAUGUGUGGCUGUGAGCAUAUGAAUGUUCUGCUCUUCAGUGGGGAUGAGGCUCGUUAACAACCUUUGUAAUGUUCUGAGGGAUCCUAAGGGAGAAAGCACUGCCCAGCCAACUCCUCCAUCCAUUUAGCUCCGUCUACUGAGGGACUGUGAAGCUGAGUCCAAGAUCUACUUUCUCAUUACAUCUCUAAAUCAAGUCCCACAUGCUUGCCAGUGUUUAGGUGUGUAAGCAUUCAUCUCUGGAAACUUCCCACAGGUCCUGUAAGUGUAUAGGUAAGAGGUUGACAGAGGGGAAGCAUCUGAAGAGGGUGAAGUAUGUGUGUAGGAGAGAGCUGCUGUGUAUAGAUGUGCUUUCAUGUAUUUGGAAGUUGGAUGACCCACAGAGUAUUCUGGGUAUGAUAAAAAAUGCAAGUGUUGUAUAUAAUGUCAUGAACUCUCAAGGUGUUAGGAUGAGUUUUAGAGUCCAUAAUCCUUAGAGUUUUAGUGGAAUUGCAUGAGAAAAGCACUAUUUUUGGAAGAGGGAAAGAUGCUUUGUAUUUUAAAUAAGAGUUGAAUCUCUAGUUGCACAGAAAAAGUAUGGGGGGAAAAGAAAGUCUCGAGAAAUUCUGAAUGCCAAAUGCAAACAAGAAUGUCCCACUUUUUUGUAUCAUUUGACUUUUCUGGAGGUAGGACUCAGAAUUCAUCUAUGAGUUUUGUUACUGAAUGCAAAAACUAGAUGUGAAACAGUACAAGUGAGGUACUUUGCCAACUGGUAGAAAUCUGGAGAUGACAGUAAGAAUGCCUUUUUUAAAGUAUGUAGGGGUACGGUACUUAAAUGUUUGCACUUUAAAAAAUGGAAGCUGUUCUGCUUUAUAAGUAAAUACUGUUUAGAAAUGUCUAGACUGAAAGAAAGCUCGCAAGACUUGUAUCAUAACAAAAAGAUACAAAGUCUAUGACAUAACCUAGGGUUCACACCAUUCCUUAGGAACAGUGCUAUAUAUGGAGUUUUCAAAAGCACAUUGAACCUACAGUUGUUUAUAGUUAAUUUCAAAGAGAACAGUAUUUCAUCAAGCACCUUCUGCAAAAUGCCAAGCAGAUCAUGUUAGGUGAAGCCUAGAUUUAACUCAUUUGCUUUAGAGUGUAUCAAGGGAUACACGGCAUCCCAAGCAAGGCUUUAAAUGCACUUCCUAACAUGUGUCAACAUUGUGCCUUUUACUGAAGUCUAAACAAAGCCCAGCCUAGACAAAAUUCCCAUCCCAAUUUAUAUUUCCUCACUAGAAAAUUAGCACUUCACUAAGUUGCAGCCAUUAAUGUCUUUGAUGCUGGAAUAUUGCUUAUUAUUCUUAUGUCUCACACUGCCAAGUUGCAUUGGGGCCCAUUACACUCUAGAGCACCAAGGGUUUGGGGAACUGCUUUAAGAUUAAGUGAAAUUCAGCUAGCAUAGAUUUAGGUAUUUAAAAAUUAUGUCUGACCUGAGCUAGUCAGGUCAGCUCCCUCUACAGUCGGUGCAGACAUCCUGGCAUCUCAAAGAAUGGUUGUUCCUGGAGAAAGUGUUAAGGAGGAGAUAAACCAAUGCCUUAGAUGUGCUUUUCUCUUUCUCCCCAGUGACUGCAGUGUUGAGGUGGAGGACUAGGUCAGAUUAGCUGCCAUAUUGUAGGUGAGAUGAAUUCCAGUGUUGAUAAGAAUGAGAGGAUCUAAUAAGAUAGAACAGCAAAUGUACAUGGAGAGAAACACAUAAUUGGCAAGGGCCAGGCUCCAAACAGGGAUACAAAGGGUUGUAGUGGUAAAAUUAUUAAUAUUUAAGAUUUGAGAGUUUGGGCUAGAAAGCUUCUCAUAAUUAAAAAAACAUUCCUUUCAACUACAAGGUAGCAAUCUCUGAUUGUUUCCAACUCCCUACUUCUGAUCCAAGAUAGUGCUGGUGUGCCACUCCUGUAGGCUCUACCAAGAGCCAUCUCUCCAUAUGUCAUGUUAUCUACUGUUUGAUUCCUUCUUAGAAUAGUGGCAGUUAGCAAGCUACUUAAGGAGUCCAUCCCUCUGAGGAAUGGAUAUGUGAUUUUCCUAACAUUGAAAUUAUCAUUCUUCUUCUCCUAUUUCUUUUUUUCUGAAGCAGUAUAUAGGUUGGUCUCUGUAAUCACUUGGGAAAGAACAGGGGAACAGAGAGUGAGAUGCUGGCCGAAUGUUCUCUCUCUACAACCAUAGUUGCUACAUCUUCUGUCUGACCUGUCCUAAAUUGUGUUGUUACAUACUUGGAGUACCCAGAUUCUCUGACAGGAUCUUGGGUUGGGCUCUGAACCAGAGGCAAGUGGGAAGGACAAGGGCUGCCACUCUGGUAUACUGCUCCUGUACUUCUCUCUUCUGUUUGCAGUUGCUCUUCUGAUCCUUUGACAGCAUCUGUGGCAAUUUUCACCGCAGUCAUGGUUAGGGAGGCCGUGGGAAAGUUCUUGGGAAGAAGCAAUAGUAUGCAGUCCUCCACACUGUGAGCUGUCACUCUCUCCAGAGAAAAGGAAUUAGAAAUAGUAUUGGCCUCAAGAGCUGAGAAGACUUACAGAUUUUCCAUGUACAGUAAACAGUUUCUAUAAUUACCAGACAAACAAAACAGUGAGGCAAAGUUGUGCAGCAGGGGCAUCCCGUCUCAUACACACUGCUGUGAUAAUGAAAUCCAAACCCUGUGGAAUUUUAGGCACAUUAUUCUCACUUGCUUUAAAGGUCAGCGAAGAAGCUAAUUUCUCAGAUGGGCUCAUAGCUCUGACACAAUGGAACACUAGACAUUUCUUCCAACAAAUUGCAGUUGUCAGAGAAACUGGAUUAGUAGCUCAUGGAGCUAAAAAGACAUUAUGCGCUUGGCAGAGAAGGAUGAAUACAGUAACAGAGGUGAAGGUAUAUCAAAAUACUAUAACAUCUGGAGAAAAAAGUAACAAAAAAGUACUCAAAGCAAGUUACCCAUAAAAUUACAAUAAAAAAUAAUCUGAAUUACCAACUGGAAGAAUGAGAGGGUUUAGUCUUGAUUCUGUUUUAUUCAUCUUCCAAAUCAGCCUUACAGUUGCUGGUGUAUCAGCUGAAUCAGUUUGGCCACAGUCUUUUCAAAGUCAUGUACCUCACGUUAGGCAAUGUAAGUCAUGAUGUUAAAGACAUUAUUUGAAUACUGAAAAAAGAACAGUCUUUGGCCUAACGUUUUUAUCUUCUUUGCAUUGGAGAGACUUACUGAACUGAAAAAUAAAAACUAAACUCCCAAAGCCCAAUAAGAGAUCUACAGUCAAGGCAACAUUCCAAACCUCAGCACAUCUUUACUAAAAAGUGGAUAAUUAUUUUUCAUUAUAUCAAACAUUUGCAUUUUAAAGAAUUCUCUUUUAAGGCAUGAUUUUUCAAAUUUGUAUUACUCCUUUCUUGGACUGAAACAAAAACCCCAGAACACUUACUCAUUCUUGUUCACUUAUUUAUUUUCUGUAGCAGAGCAAUUUCACCAUACUGUGUAUGACCCUGCAGGAGCAACAGUCCACUUCAGAUAUGGAGCCUCAGCCUGUCUGGUCAAGGUGAAAAGUUCUGCAAGAUGCAGGUUGGGUCUCAGCUGAACACAGGGCUGGCAGUAGUCGCAUGAAGUUUGUACUGUGACUUAAGUAAUUCUUUUUACUUUUAUAUUCAGAAGCAGACCUAUGUAUAGCUCAGCAAUAAUCUUCACUACUUUAUUUAGAAAUUCUUUCUGUAGUAUGUGUCUUUUCUGCACAUCUUCUAUAAAAUCUCUGCAUUUCAGAUCUGAGGCAUUGACAAGUAUAGGGUAUAAAUAAUAACAUGUCAGCAAAUCAAAUCACUGUGAACAGUAUUUGCAAAGUAUUUAUGCACUUUGUCUUUUAGAUGUCUUACAAGCUAGAGUCCUUUUUGCAAAUUCUAAGAGAGGUCAAGAGUAAUCUUGAUUUUGGGAUUUAAUUAGCAUCAGUACAGUUUUCUGGCAUUCACUGGAUACCAUUAUUACUGCAGUGUUAAGGUUCAGCUGUGAAAUAGAAAUGUCAGGAUAAAUAGCACCAGCAGUUAUCUGCAUUGCACAUCCUACACAUGAGGUACUCAUUUCAUGGCAUACUUUGUAUUCUAUAGAACAUAAUAUAACUGGUUAAAUAUGUAGAAAAAAUAGUUAGCAGUAAAAAAAUACAAAAUAUGUGGACACUGCUGUGUCUGAUAAAGUCUUGAGGUAUUAUGGAUGUAUUAUCACCUACUCUUGCAAUUGCUCUGAACCAAACCAUGCAUCUUUGGCAUCCAACCUUACUUUGGUGAGAGGCAUAGUCAUCAUCAUCCCUUUAUUUAUUAAAACUCAGUUACAUUAGAGCCCAGAGAUUACUAACACAGAAAUUUUUCAGCCAAGUACUCUAAGAGGACUAUUUUUUCUGAAUAUGGUGGGCUCCACUGCUAUGACUGACUUUAUAUCCCUUCUUGAUUUGACUUUAACCUUUCCCAGUUUACUGGAAUUCUACAGUUCCAUUUUCCAGGGUUCCACAGUGUUUUGAAGAGACUGUAUAUAGUCUGGUUUUGCAACCCACUGGUGCAACACACGAAUGUUAAACUGUUUCAGAUCACCAUUCUGGAGAGACCGACCAGUGUUUCACAGCCGCAGAUAAUCUCUUUAUGCCACUUCGCUCUGCCCCUAUGGCUGACUUCAGAGAAGGAACUGAAUGCUACUAAAAAUCUUCUGGUGGUUUAUAUUUGUUUUAGUGGGAUAAAUUCAGGGUUAGGAGAAACUUGCAAAACAAGCUAGUAGUAUUGGCAUGAACUUCACAGCCUGAGCCCAUCAAGUCAUAGUUCAGUCUCUUCCAAAAGCCUUUGAGAACAAAUUGAACUUUGCAUGGAAUAUCUCGUCUAGAAGAACUGAUAACAAUUUUCCGGUUGUCUGUCACUGUGAUCUCAACUCUCUCGUUUGAUGAAAAACCCAUGAAAUUUGGGAAACAAUGAAUGGAAAAUCUCAUACUUACGAUACUUGUUUAAACUUUUCUUCAAGGAGCCUGAUGCAAUUCUGAAAUCAGUGAUUUAACUGGUAAUUCAUUCAGACUCAUCUUCAUUUCCUCUGCAGGUAACUCUAGAGGAUGAUUAAUCUUUGAUGCCUUAGAGUUUUAUCUUUCGACUUUUCCCUUUCAUUUUGGUGUUGCCAAAAUAAAAUCUGAGGGCUAAUUCCUAUCUAAAAUGGUCACAAACAGCUCCAAUAACAGGGCCAGAUGUAUGUGAAGGUAAAUUGUAGGUAUGAGUAAAAUACUUGGAUUAUAGUAGGAAGAUGGGUUUCACCUGAGUUCAUGAUUAUCAUCUCCUCAGUUUUAGCAGUGGGAACUUUUAGUAAUAGUUAUGAGCCACAUAUUAGUGGUCUGUCAUUUAUUGAGAGCAGAAUAAAGGGAAGGAGCAAUUCAGUGCAGUUUUAAUCUCAACUUUAUGAAUGCUGAGACUUGCUGCUUGCCCUGUUUCAAACUUCUCUGUUUUGCAAGCUGGAAACAAAUGUUUGGUACUUGUAAAAUGUCAGAAAAGUCUGGACAAAAAGUCUGCACUCCUGUGGAAAUGGACCAGUCUUCCCUGGGUGCAAAUGCUUUUUGUGUAAUUCCGUAAUGCUGUUUUAGUGUGGCCUGUAAAGCUUCUCUGGAGACUUGUACAAGCAUUCUGCACUAAGUAACCAGAUUACAACCUUGCACUAUCAACAAAGGAUGCUUAGCAUUAAAAUAAUACUGAAUGCCAUUAAAUAAUACUAGAGCUCUAUCAGGGUUUAGAGCACUGUGAUGUUUGUGAACUGAAGCAGUCUGUAUAAAACUUCACAGGUACAAGGAUAAUCAAAUUAAUGACAGUAUUUCCAUUUUACUAAUAUGCAGAGAAGGUAAGGCAGUGUCCCUAGACAUUUCUGUCAAUUUAAAGAUGAAGAGAUUAAUUUUAGUGCUAUUUGGAUCUGAACAUUAUUUUAAAACAACAGCCUUCAUUCUACUGAGAACGAAUGUGGCAGGUUAGAAGUUGUACUGUGAGCUAGCAUGGACAGAAAUGUUCAGCAAAGCACAUAAGCCAAGAACUUCCCACACUGAAACCAAGGGAGCAAUUGCAGAUUCAAGUCUGGUUAUUUGUCCUAGCUGUUCAGCAAAGGAAUCCACCUGCCAACAGAAGCAGAGUUCAUACAAACUAUCACAUGCUGCAUUUCAGUUUUUUUAUUGGGAUACAUUUGGCAGUCUUAGCGGUCUGUAAGUUACAGUAAGUACCUCUGGUUGAAAAUUACUAUUUCAGUUAUGAUUGCUUCCCCAAACCAACUGAAUUUAUUACUAACCAAAGACUUAACUACUUGAAAACAAAACAGUAAAGUUUGGUUCUGUCGUUUAUGUCUUUGAGUGCGAGCAGUUGAAGUGCAUAAUAUAUGUACUAACCAGGCCUGCAUUGUGUCAUUGAGCAAAUUAUUCAAGGCUGCAGCACUAGUAUAACACAGCAGAAUUUAGUAUUAAUCCCUUUGUGGGAACAUGAGUCUAUGUAAUAAAUCGAUGUGCCAUAUGUGUAGGCCAUGGGAAAAUUGUGUGUGCAGUGAACUACAUAUGGUCUUAAAAGCUUUAACAUUUGUACUGCUCUUCCUAUAACAGAAUGUAUAUCUUGAUAGCUGUGACCCUAUGAGCUUCUGAAAAAAAAUGUAAUCUAAAGUUUAUUCUUCUUGUUUUAAAGUCACUAUUCUGUGAGUUACUGUUUACACAGGCCUCCAUACAGCAAGGGAUUUUUCUCCAUGUGUUGCUGGGAAGUGGAAAAGCAGAUUCUAUCUGUAAAUCUUGCAUGCUAGGGAGAUCAGUGAAUGCCUUUCCUGAGUCUCCUACUGAUAAGCUGCUGCUUUUUUCUAUCAAAUGCAAACAGUGCCAAUAGCCUGGACCUUCUUUAGAAGACACAAGUCAUUUGUUAAACAGCCUUGUUGUGUUCAGCUUCUAUUAAUUUUCACUUUCUGCCUCCUUUCGAGUAGGCUUUGGAUGAUGGGAUUCUGUCAAAGUCUAACUGAGAGCAAACAGUUUGCCUUUUUUACCCUUUCCUUUUCCAGAGCCACUGAAGGCCUCAAACAAGAAGAAGAAACUUUACAAAACUCAUGCAGGCAUGUUAUUAACAAAUAGCAAAAGGAUAAAACAGCCUUCUAAGAGUACUCCAAAUUAUCUUUCAAUGGCAUGCCUGCACUGCAUUGUGACUUGACAUCUUGCUUUUAUAGUGUGACCUGCUAUAAUGGUGUUUGUUACAAUGAGGUCCUUUUAGUUUGUCCUAAAAGAUUUUACUUGUUUGUCACCAUAUUAGAAACAUAAGGUACACUCUGUAAGAAAAGCAAUAUACAAUAUACUAUACAUCACCUAUUUCAAUGCCUCUAGUUUUAGGCUAGUACUCAUAUAAAUGUUUAUAAUCAAAAUACAAGUUUUAUUGUUCUUCACAGGACCAUGCAAAGAAGUUUUGCCUUGUCUAAAUACUAACAGUUGUCUGAAUACUAACAGUAACAUUUCUAUUCAACAAAUACUAUUUUCUCAUGCUUCUUGUUAACUUGUGGUGGGCUCCAUCCUGCUCUGAUUCCCCAUUAACACUUUUGAAAGGGAAACGUAAUGAGCUAUUUCAGUGCAUGACCAUUGCGCAGUACCUGAUUCAUAAAGAUAAAUAGAUCCAAAGUCUCAUUUAUGAGUUGUUAGUGAUCAACAAAACAACAAAAACCCUUUGAAGUUCAGCUGAGUAAGUUCUGAAGAUCUUGCAUUGUUUAUUAAGUUUUGCAAAGUUCCUUGAGUCAUUAUAACAGACAUAUUUGAUGAAGCCUUUGUUACAGACACUGGCACCAGCCUUUGCCAAAAAUUGUUCUAAUUUCUGCUUCCCAUUUUAUCUGGAAGUUUACUGUAAUGGAGAAAUUAUCUGGAUUUAAAAAAAAAAAUAAAAAUCAUACAGGUUUCCUUCAAGACAGUUCUCACUUUAUUUGACCUAGUCCUCUGAUAGAUAGCCUGUAUUAAUAUUUUUUUUUUCAUAUUUGUAACACGAUAUCCAGAAAAAAAUGUUUCUCCAGAGAAACUUCACUGGAGAACAUUUUGUUCCUGAUUGUGACCAAGACACCUCUAUUUCAGAGCUAAGUCACUUAAGAGGUGAUCAAAAAUGACAGAAUAUUAAGAGAAAUCCAGAAAUUUUACUCCCAAGAAAUGCAUGGGAGUUGGCUAAAAAUAGUGGUACAAUAGGGAAGUUAAGUUCUUUUUUUUUCUCAUUAAACUUCACUGAUACACAUACCAGUUGCUCAUAAAAUAUUUGUUCCCUCCCAUUCUCUCAUUUGAAGCCAAUAGAGCUUCAAAGCAAAAAGUUACCUGGUUACUUUGUCUGAGUUAGUAAAUGCAGUCCAGCUGCCAAGCCCGUCCAGACUGACUUUCAUUGCCACAGACGUAGCUAAGUCACCUGAAGUCAUUGACAGAACUUGAUUUUCUAAGCACUGCAACAACAUGCUAUGAAAUGUACCAGUUCGGUUACACUACUGGGUCCUCAAGAUACACCAUCCAGACUGUAGUGUUCUCCCAUCAUUUAAAAAGGCAGAAGAAUACUUUAGACUGUGUCUUUACAUUAUUUGAGUUUUAGUGUGUGAAGACUGCAUCUGUUGCAGACUUGCUUCCUCAUGAAAGAGUAGCUGGCUUAUCUUUUGUGAUACCUUUUGUGUCUAAUUGUCUGGGAUUUUUUGAUAUGUCUUCAACCAUGUCGAUAGCUUUGACUGGGCUGCACAGUAUCUAGAAAUCCUGGAUAAAAGGCCACAAUAAAUGUGUAGAACAAUUCUGUAUCUCAGGUGAGAAGAGUUUUCUAUGGUUGUGUUGGGCUUUCUGCUAGGGGCAGACCAACUUUGCAAGUGCGCUGGACUCAUGCUGUAGAAUUGGUGUGUACAGGCACAACACACGCUGACACAGUGCUCAGCUAGUGCAGACACAUGGUCAUGCGCUCCAGUCUGGCAACUCCUGAGGAAAAGCAAGGAAGUUGUAACAUUUGGAAUUUCAGAUGUUGGCAGUACAACAUGAUUUGUACCACCUACUCUCUCUUGUGUCAUGAAAACUAUCUGGAACAAUAAGAAAAGAAGGAAAGAAAAAAAGCCAAAAUGAGGGGGAUUGUGAGGUAGAGUUCACUUAUCAAACUUCAUGUUCUCUUAAACCUCCUUCUUUGCCAUCCCCACAUGAUGAACUAACACCAUUCAAAUACAGUGGUCAGUGUUGAUCAUCCAUCUCAUAGGAGUUGUAUCUGAGUUUCCAUAGGUAAAUUUUAUACUGAGUAUCUAGAAUACUGCCAGGGGGCAGGAGGUGAUUGUCCUUUUUAAUAACCACUGUUUAAAGAUUCAUUGCUGAAUUCAAUACCCAAAUACCCUGUUGGGACUUGGCAAGUAGGGUUCACUUUCCAGCAAGGUUUUGUGGUAGGAACUUUGAAUGUAGCUAUGAAUCAGAACGGAUCUGUGGCAGUCCCAAGCUUUCACAAAUAAAGUAGAUAAUUGCAGCAUGGUCGAUAUCUUGGUCAGUACUGCCACGUCAGAAACCUGGUGUUCUGAACAACUGCAGGCUUCCUACCUCCUGGUAACCCUUGCAAAACAAAACCAUGUGACUCCUAUUAUACCUAACAGGAGUCCUUGUUCCGACUAAAGUCUUCAAAGAGCAUUGAAACCAUAUCCUACACUCCUUGCUGUACAAAACCAUCCGUGGUCAGUUUCUGCAAGUGUUACAUUUGCUGGGUAACACUCAGUCCGUAAACAGGACGUCGACAUAAAACACAUUCCACGGAGGAACAAGACGGCACUUUCCCCUGACCUGCAUUUAGAUUUAAAGCUUAGUUACAUGGGCCAUUUAGGCUGCAGUCCUGCAUGUGCUCAGGUGAACAGGUAACUUAAAGGACACAGGGGCCUCGUGCAAAGUGUGCUUUGGCCAGGCCACCUGCAAACGUUGUGAGCAAGGAUGGUGGGACUGUGGCCAUACCUCAUCGAGUGGUUGUAGAUGGGAGUGGCACACCCAGUAUCUAAUGCAGCAUUUCAGAUAUCUAAGGACUAAUUUUUCCAUGCAUUCGACACACAUUCCGAUGUAUUUUAUGAAUCAGGUCUGUGAUCAGUGUUUUCAACAACUUGUUUGCUGCGGUUUCAUGGGGUUACUAUCUCUUCGGUUUGCAAUGUAAAUGAUGUUGUACAUCUGCUAUUUUAUGAUACAAAUGCCAUAUGAAUUGCUUAUUUUUAAAAUGUUAUAGCUCUGUUAUGGUUUAUUUACAAUGCCAUCUUACAGUAUUGGUUUAAUAUACAAUGUAUCUGUAUGGCAUGAAUUAAAUUGCUUCUAUUUUACAACAUCAAAUAUUUUAUUUUUGUUUUCUAAAAUGAAUACAUUUCAUCCUAUGCAGUUUCAUAAAUGUUUCUUAAGUGGCUCAUUAUGCCUGGAAAUAUAGCUUCCUCUCCAGUAGUGCAGGCUUAAAAACCAGUAUUCCUGAUCAAAACCAUCAGAUAUAUCAUCUAGGAAUUUUGGAUUAGAAAUAUAUGUACAAAUAUGUAAGCAUUUAUAGGUAAUCAGAACAUCUAAUAUAUCUUCCUUGCUUUUCAUGUAAUGAUACAUUUUAAUCAUUUUGUAUACUUUUUAUUUGUAAUUAUUUGUGAGUCAUACACAGUGUAAAUAACAUAUUUCAUUAUGCAAGAUUUAUAGGUAUUCAAGAUUUAAAAAAAAAAGUUGAAUUUGUAUAUUAAAAGAAAUUGACAGUAGAUUGGAAUGACAUAAAGUGGUGAUUACUAUGUUCUAUUUAUACUGUUCAUUUCCAAAUGGUCCAUUAAA